AUGACGCAGUACGUCCCGGCGCUACGUUACUACAGCGGCGGCGGCAUAUCCAUCAUGUCCACCGUCUACGGGUCCUCGGAGUGCUACUUCGGCCUCAACCUCCAGCCGAUGUCCGGCGGCGACGCGGCCGAGGCGUCCUACACCAUCAUGCCCAACAUGGCCUACUUCGAGUUCCUGCCCACGGACGUCGCAGACGACGCCACGGCGGCGAGCCAGCUCGUGGAGCGCGCCCGCGUGGAGUCCGGCCGCGAGUACGAGCUGGUGGUGACCACCUACGGCGGGCUGUACCGGUACCGCGUCGGCGACGUCCUCCGCGUGUCGGGGUUCCACAACGCGGCGCUGGAGUUCCGGUUCCUGCGCCGCCGCAACGUGCUGCUGUCCGUGGACGUCGAGAGGACCGACGAGGCAGAGCUGCAGCGCGUCGGCCGCGCGGCGCGGGCGUGGCGGACUACACCACCCGGACCCACCGCCGCCGCAGGGACGACGUCGACGGGCGUGGUAGUGGACGGCGGCGACGUGCUGGGCCGGUGCUGCUUGGAGAUGGAGGAGGCGCUGAGCUACUCGUACCGCGAGGGACGGGUGGGGACUGGCUCCAUCGGCGCGCUGGAGAUCCGGGUGGUCCGGCCGGGCACGUUCGAGGAGGUGGCCGACUACGCCGUCGUCUCCCGCGGCGCCUCCGUCGGGAAGUACAAGGUGCCCCGGUGCGUGGCCAUCGUCGAGCUGCUCGACUCGCGCGUCGUGUCGAGCCACUUGCUUUGGCACUGGGACUCUGCUGCUCUGCGGUUUUGA